CAGAUCUUGCGCAGAAGUCUAAAAUUCGCACGUGUAGUUCAAAGAUGGCGGUUUAAACGACCUGUGCCGGUGGAUUUUCUUUGCUGCUGUUCUAUAGUUUAACCAGACCAGCAACAUUGUGAAAAUCCACUGCUGAACCAGCAAGAUGAGACCGGGAACAAAGCCACACACAGUGUCACCAUUACUGCCCUACCAGCAUGGCACCAUCACUAACAUUAAUGCUGGAUCUGUGAUCCAAGGGGCCCCUGUGUGUGCUGGUGUAUCUAAAGAUGGUGGAUUGUCUUGGAUCACACAUGGCCCUGUGGUGGAGGUUGUUAACACAAAAACCAGGAACUGUUUGGCAUCGUGGACAUUUGGUGCUAUACUCAAGGACACGCAUACCAGCAUUGCCAGUGUAGCUCCAUACAAAUGUAACCAAGAUUUUAAGCUGUUGAUUGGAGUCAACAACUCGUCCGACAAUGGAAUGCUGUGUGUGUUUGACGUCGGCCUGUCUAAAGUUGUAAAAGCCAUAGAAAUUCCUCAUAAGGUGACUUGCAUAGAGCCUGUGACAGCAGUAGGUGGUGACUAUGUACCUAUUUGGGCCCUGAACGAACAACUGCGACAGUUCUAUGGUAUUGUGGCGGUGGGUACUGAAGGAGGAUUUGUAUAUCUGAUUGAUAUGUGUAUUGAUGAAGAGACUGACUAUUCUGAUGAAGUGAUGCCUAAUCGGCUCUUGUUUAUCACGCCACGAUCGCGGGAUGUUCAGCAGCGCCGUAUACAGGCUGCAUCCAAGGGGCAACAACUCUGCAUGGUUCUUGAUGAGGAAGCCCAGUGCCAGGGAGAAUACCAGUACAGGAGGUGUGAUGGAACUGUCCUCAAGCUCUUCAACACAGAGGAUGUCCGAGUCACCUGUUUGAAGUACAUUCCUCAGACUGGUAACCUGGUGGUUGGUUUCAACUUCGGCUGUUUCCAGCUGUGGAAACUACAUAUACCUGUGCUUGAGUACAGUAGUCGACUGGAGGUCGAUGCUGCUCCCGUUACCCACAUCGCCUACCAAGAGCCAGAAAAUGAUCCAAAAAACUUCUGCUACUUGUGGAUGGCCCGAGACCCCUCGGAACAACAAGAUGAGGGUGUGUCUACUACUUCUCUAUAUCAGCUAGCGUACAAUAAAAAGACAUGGUACAGUAACUAUGGAGCGUUCUACGAGGAAUUGACAUCGGUAAGUCUGCGGUUCGAACUGGAUUUGACAUCAACACCGCUGACUCUCAACAACAAGUCCACGCUUUCCAGUCGAAUAGUAUCCUGUUACACCCUAGAGGAUCCCAACUACAGCACACCAGCUCGCCUCGGUGAAGACGAGUCCUUCGAGGAGAGUGUACAUGGUCCUGACCUUAGUCUGUGUGUGACAGUGUGGGAGAGUAGCGACGGCCAGUCUACACGAGAUACCUGUCAUCUUGCCGUGUUUGACAUGAACCGUUGGUACCACGCCCAGAUGCCUGCUACAGUCAGAAAUAUUGGUACUACGAUAGACACCUGCCCGUAUCUAGCCUGUCUCAGUCUGGAGGAUGCUGCUGAUGUUGCCGCACCAGACAAUAUUAUUGCGGUACACAUUGGUACUGAACGACUGCGUAAGUUUACCAACAACUCGCCUAUGCCUCCAGAACAACACUUCUAUCCGUCUUCUCUGGCGUUUGAGGCUUUAAUGGUGACAGAAUCUGGAUUUGUGAAGGCAUGCUACCUGGGCACGCAGCGGCAGGUGCUGGCCAGUAUGAACAAGAUGGGCCCAUCCAUCCUUCUCAAUCCCAAGGAGCUGUACAGCUUGAGUGUAUACAUGGGCUUGCUGCCUCGUCCCCUGGACGCCACCAUACACACUCCAUCCGCGUCCGAGAUGAGAGAAAUGCUGCUGUCCCUUGCUCUAGAUUACAACAUGAUCAGUUUCCUCAUCAAGUGUGUUCAGCAGUGGGCCGCAGGAGAGUAUGUACAUGUAGGCUGUACCCUCAAGUUCAUGCUGGACUGGGCGUGGGACAAGGUUGGAACAGUGAAAAACAUCAUAGACACCACAUGUACUCCCCUGUAUGACUGGUCGGGAAUCACUCUUGACCAUAGGUCAGUUCAGACGCUGUACCAGUGCCAGCAGAAGUUGGAGUACUUGACCACUAUCUUCAAAGUCCUGCUGAACCAAGCAGCACCCACCACAGAGCAGGGGUUCCUAGAUCUACAAAACAAACUGUGUGCCCUCACCUACGUCACACAACAUCUACAGAUGGUGCUCUGGUUUGUCAGGGUUGGACUGCUACCAGAACGUGAUGAUGCUGAUGAGAGAACAGAUCAACAGUACAGUUACCCAGCUUCCAACUUAAUCCACGCCUACAGGAGUAAACGGCAGGAAUUACACAAACUACACAGUGACCUUGUGGACUCUGACCUCCUGAUGAUUGACGGCCUGCUGUCACACAUGGGUCCGGCUGUGAGGAACCUUUGGAGUCGAGAGGGAGGAGACGGUCUCUAUCCUCCACCCAGUUUACAUGCACUACUGAGUAUAUACCUGUUGGAUGACGUAGAUCUCGUGGCCAAACACAGUGUGGUUCUCUACCUUCUACUUGACCUUGUUUCUCUGUACCACCCGGAACAUCAUCAACAGUUUGUAGACAAGAUCAGCAAGUUUUCAAAAACAUUUGCUGUGCCAGAGAGUGUGGUGAAACAGAUCCAAGGAUGCUGGCUACUGGACCACAGCGACUUUGAGGAGUCGCUGUCGGUGAUGUUGGAUCCCAUGGUUCAGGAGGAGAUGGGGAGCUGGCAGCACAGUAGGAUUAUCAGAGCCUUACUCUAUCAAGGCGUCAGUAAGAUGGCCCUGCGCUACCUGAGCACAGUACAACCGUCUCUCAAGUCACCGGAGGAUGUCAAAUUGAAACUGACUGUUUUACUGGCCAGUGGAUUGACGGCCGAGGCGCUGGAGUAUCAGAGGACGUACAGGGACCAGGCUAACAUGCAUGAUUUACUUUACCAUCUGUUUCUCGGCUGUCAACAGAUGAAAACCAUGGACCAGCUACUCCAGUUACCGCUGACAGAUGCAGAAGAACAUCAUCUGGUCAAGUAUUUGACUGAAAGUUCGGAGCCUCAUUCCCAGGAGGUCCUUGUGCUUCACUACCUCCAGAGAGCGCGCUAUGUCGAAGCCAUUCAACUUAACGAGAAGCUUAAACAGACUGUGUUUACGGAGACCAGCUCUAAAGCGCGUGAGAGAGUGGCAGCCAGAAAUGCAAUAGUGGAUGGUUUCAUGUCCGUUCUGUCGGGUGCCCAGAGGAAACUCAUCUUUGAAAAUCACAACAUUCCGAAGAAAAAUCUGGCACAGAAGAGGGAAGUGAAGAAACCAAAGCCGUUAUCAACAACCGUGACCCGCUGCAGUCAAACUCGUGUGGUGUCCCAAGCUUCUCUGUUCCUCGAGGUCGCUGACAAGGUACAGGAGGUGAAAGUCGAGGAGGGCACCCCAGAAAAAAUUGGUGGAGAAGCUGUCGGUCCAUUUGUUUGUACUCCGAUCACACCAAAGCCACAGUCAAGGCUCAGUCUGUCACAGCCUGUGACUUACCCAAAGGCCAGCGACGACUCUGGACUGAGGAACACACCGUGGAGACCAGCUGCUUUGUCAUCUUUAACUCCAUUCUCAAGUUCCAAGAGCCCAUCCACACUGGUGUCUAGGAGGAGAUCAAAGAUAUUUGGAGCAGAAGUGUUGAACAUGCUGGAAACUCCCAAAGUACAGAGGCGGACACCAGUCAAGAAACACCCAUCACUUUCUGCUCACGCCACACCACAGUCAAUCCUCAAGGUGAAAAAGUUCUUAGUGAGGUCUCCGUCAAGUCAGCUAUCACCGUCACAAACUGGCCUAGAGGACUCGAACCAGUCGUCGGUCACCAAGCCAUUUGCCAAAAAGUUGGGAUUCCAAGACUCGUCUUUACCAGCCUCUCCUAGAACUGUCUCCUUUAUUGACACGCCCAAAGACACACCUUCAGCUCCCAAGCCUAAACAUCUCCAAUUCUCUGGGGCCAAGGUUCAAAGGACACCCAAAGGUCGAAGAUCACCUGUGUCUCCGCCGAGUCCUAGAUCUCUAAAAGACCGCAGUCCAACACCAGAGAGCAUUUCUCGAUCACCCAAGAACUAUGGGAAGAUGGACGACCUACGCCGGCCCCCUCUACAUGAUGAGAGGACGUCCUCACACCCUAUGGAUAUGGAUGAUGAUGAUAUCACCUUCAAAUUUAAUACUGGAGAUGCUGAAAUGACACAGGAAAUUGAUGAGAGCACAGAAACAUUUAACACACAAGCUCCGCUCACAGGAGAUGUUACACCCUCCUCACCAGAGCCAGCCGUGCAGUCGUCUCCCCUGGGUGGUGUAAUAGAGGGGGUGGACAGACUGCCCACAUCCCCAGAGGUACCAACACCCUAUACCUCACUAAGGGACACCCACGACAGCCCCCUCAGACUGCGACACAGUCCCCUUAUUAAAAGUCUGCCCCGUUCGCCAACUGUGAAGCUGUCUAAAUCCCCGGUACGGGGCCGAUACACCCCUAAAUACCAGCAGUAUGGCGAUGGGCCAAGCAGGCAGACUGAGGAGGAGGAACCAGUCAAAGAGCCGAGCGUAAUGUCAGCUGAUAAAGAAGAGCCGAUAGAGAUUGACUUGACAGAGGAGGAGGACAUGAUUUCAGACGAUGUUAAAAAUGAAUCGAUCGAUGACCGUGUGCACAGCGCCAGUCAGGUCAUCAGUAGCAGUGUAUCGCCAUCUUUAAAAACGGACAGAUUAGAAUCUAGUGAUUUGGAAUCUGUACCUCAUCUCUCGGAGAGGGUACAUUCCGAGCAGUCGCGUCAACACUCCUUAUUUGCCGAGGCUGAUAGCAGUAACAUGGAAGCGGGUGAUUCUGGUGCUCAGGUGGGACAGAUCCGACACGUGUCGUUCAGCACAGAGCUAGUCCCUUCAGAGGAAAUUGAAGGUCCUGAUGAGACUCAUUGUUCAUCGUCCAGUAUAGACAGUAACGAAAACGCAAAUUCUCCGACAGAGGACGCUGUACCAGAGAUAAUUCCGUCAGGACUGGUGCAGAGAGAAAGUAAACUCCUGGAAAUAGCUAUCCCAGCGGAGAUGGAUUCUGUAUCUACUCCUUCUCCACGCAAGUCUCCGCGUCUGUCAGGAGGUAGUGAGGAGGGAGAUACUGGUCUACAGUUAACUGUUACAUCUAGGACACCUCCAACCUCGCCAAAGCGAUUGUCCAAAAAUUCCUCUCUUUCUCCCAAGCGCUCCCCCAAGCCUCAAAAAGAAGCUUUCAAAGAUGUGAGUGAGCAACUUGUGGUUGAAGUAAGCCACCCAGAGAUGGCUGACAGUCCUUCUUCUCCACGACGCUCUCCUCGUUUCACACCACAGGAGGAAGAUAGUGUAAGUCCAAGCCCUGCCUUGUCUCCACGGAUACCUCCGACCCCUCCGGAGUCUGGUCAGGACUCGCCACACAAACCACAGGACAGGACAAGGAAGACGAAGUCUAUUAGUCCUACCCGUAUAUCAACAGUACUAACUCCAACUCGGAAAUCUGCACGACAUCAAAAACAGGAUAUGUCAAUCUCUAAGACGCGGCCCGAUACGAAUAUAGACCCUGUGACACCAACAAGGCAUUCACUGCGUAAACAUAGAGAGUCUGUGGUGAAAACGGAAGUUUCUGAAGAGAUUGGUCCUCAAUAUACAACGGUUCCCAAUGUUGAGGUGGGAGAAUUGGACCCUCAGGAUACGACUGCUCCGAAUGUUGAUUCAAUGGAGCCAACAACACCAACAAGACGUGGCCAUUCCAAGAAAAAGUCUGAUCUUCAAAUUGGUUCUACUUCUCAGGAGCCUGUGACUCCCACAAGACAGGGCCGUUCUAGGACUCGGCCAACCCCAAUUGUUGAUUCUUCCUCUCAGGAGCCUGUUACACCCACAAGACAGGGCCGUUCUAGAACUCAGCCAACCCCAGUCGUUGAUUCUUCCUCCCAUGAACCAACCACACCAACAAGGAGAAGUCGAAGAGGUACUUCACAUACAGACGAUAAUAUAUCACUAACUGAACAGGAGCCAGUGACACUGACAAGACGUGGCCAGUCAAAAGCUCAACCUACACCAGAUGUCGGCUCUCAAGUUUCAACGAUCCCAAAAAAGGCUGUUACUCCCACUAGAAGGACGCGUCAGGCCAAACUCUCCAUAAGCGUCCACGAAACAGACCCCUCCCCUCAGGAACCAACCACGCCCACACGCCGGAGUCUUCCCGGUACUUCUGAUGAUAGUGUCACAGAGCUCCCGACCCCUCAGGAACCAACCACACCCACACGCCGGAGUCGUCGUGGUACUUCUAAUGAUACUGUCGCAGAGCUCUCGACCCCUCAGGAACCAACGACGCCCACAAGGCGGAGUCGUCGUGGUACUUCUAGUAAUACUGUCACAGAUAUCUUGACCCCUCAGGAACCAACCACGACCACACGGCGGAGUCAAUCGAGGAUGGCAGUCAACACCUCUACCCAUGAAGAGUCUGAACAGAAAAUUUCAACUCCCCAAUCAUCUUCCAUCACCAAGGCCGAGGAGUUUGUAGCAGCCAGCUCGUUCACAUUCGCAGAACCUGUACUGAUGGACUUCAGACAGACAGAUAAUGAAGUGAAGCCAUCAACUCCAUUGAAGUCUUUCAUAUUUUCACCGCCCAUUACAAGAUCUCGAGAGAGUUUCUACAGGUCUCAGGCUGCCAGAAAACGCAGCAGUCGAGAAAUGGAGCUAAAAUCAGAAACAGACACCUUGUCUCGGGCCUCGAUACUUCUCCCCCCUCCACCCGAAGACACACCUCAACCACAGCCCGUGCCUGUUAAGAAGGAAAAAAAGACAACCAGGAAAACCAGGAAGAAAGCGAUGGAAGAAGAGACAAUUGUAUUGGUCAGUCCAAUCAAAGAGGAACAAGAUCGGGCACCGCGCCGAAUACUUACACGCCAACGAGCUAAGAAAGAGGACGUGGUUCCCACUAAAACACUCCGCGGAUCUGAACCGGCCAAGGCAUCACGGCUCCGGAGCAAAAGAAAGCCAGUCAAACUGUGAUAUGAUCACUAAGAAACGUUAUACAGAAUUAGGUCUCGUAGUGAUUGACAGAGUCAGGGUUCUUCAAACUAAUUAGCUUGUUAAUUAUUGGGCAAACCGUGUAAUGUGUUCAAGUCAUGUCUGUGUUACUGGAAAACGUCAUCAAAGUUUGAUAAUUAGGGGUCAGGUGUCAAAAAGCCAUCAAAGGAGGGGUAGUAGCGGAUAUUUCUUUUUAAAAAAGAAGUUUCUUUGUAAAAUGUGCAAUAAAUCCCAAAAUAUUGAAUGAAUUGCUCAAGGACUGACCCUCCUAUAGCUGUAGAUCCUUAAGACAAAGAAGUAUGUAACGUUAACAAUGAGGUGUUAAAUUUGUAUGUGUAAAUCUGCAUGAAAAAGACAAUUUUGAAUUUAUACAGUGUAUACAUAAGGCAUUUACUGUGAUUUUAUUUUUGUGGGAAAAUAUUCUUUUUGUUUAAUUCUCAUUCAUGAAUUAAAAUCUUAUCAAAAAAAAUUGAUAGCAACCAUCAACAUUUUUAUAGCAUAGCUGUGGAUUAACUAUUAAAUUAGACCUAUGGCAUUAUUCACAGAUUAAAUACGACACUGUCCAUGAAGUAAAUAUAUUGGAACUUUUGGUGAAAGGUUUCGGUAACUUUGCCUAAUAACAGAGUUGCAGUACUGUAAUAACAGCUCCACCGCUGGACAUGCUAUCUCACAAAGUUUAGUAUGUUGUUAAUCAGGAAGGACUGAACAGUGUGCAAUAUCUGAACUUGUGAACUCUUAUUAUGUAAAAGGGGAAAUAACAACGGGAAAAAAACAAUUUGAUCCGGUAAUGGCGGUAUAUUCCAGUGAAAUGGCACAACCAUACAACUGAAUUUCAAGCUAUGUUGGACGAUUUCAAUGAAGAAAUGGUAUGUACUGAGUGUGUACAGUGUCCGUCAAAUUGAUGGGACAUAUCAAUGUGUGCUUAAACUCCAGCUGUUGAAAAGCCUUCGAGCUAAAUCUGGAUGUUCAAGUAUUUAGAAUUAUGCUGUAGGUAAGAAAAUCCGACUUCCUCAGCUCUGUGAUAUGUGGAUUCUAGCGGGAAUAAUGCACUGGGUAUGUACUGGAACAGAUUUGAAAGUUGAACUUUCUAAAGAUGGUGACUCAAAAACCUCGGUUAAAUGAUUGGAGGGAGCAGGAAUGCCCGUCAUCUGUGUGUAGUAGAUACUGCUGCAAGAAUCGGCACAGAAUCAAUUGGUGGCUUUUGGACAAGUUAAUUACAAAAUAUUUCCAGUUGGAAUAAUUCUUUUGUCCAGAUGGAUCGUUUUGUGACACAAGUGAUGAAAUAUAUUGGUUUGCCAUUCCAGAGGAAAUAAGAUUGUUUAUUUAAACAUUGUUUUGUAAGGCUUAUGUUUUAAAUUAUCACUCCGUCUGUGAGAACAAGAAAUAUUGAAGGUUUGUGAACAGAAGGUUCAUUAUUUCAUAAUGCAUGUCAAAGUGUAUCAUUUGAUUGGUGUCAAUAAUAAAGCUUAUCACAAUCAUA